AUGGCCACUGAGAGCCCUCAGACCUGGGAGAAUCCCAGCGAGGCCCGGCCUCCCCUGCGUACGACUGCCUUCCGUGGUGGCAUUCCCUGUGGUCAGCUUUGGUCUUGCCGUUCGCAUGCUUGGUUGAAGGUGAGCUGUGACCUCACCUGUGUGCAGAUGAUGCACACAAUGGAAGCAGAGAGACCACUUGGGGGAAGAGAGCGUUUACCUGAGACGAUACUUCGGGUGUACACAAGGGACUCCACGGGCCCAGAGGCUGGGGGCUAA